AUGGCUUUCAUUUUCCCAAGAUUAAUCAAUAUUUCAACUUUAGCAUUAGCUGUAUACUUGUAUUUAUUUACCAAUGUUGAAGCUAUUCCAGUUGAUAACUCCCAACCAAAAAAGAAAAACAUUAUUUUCUUAGUUGGUGAUGGUUUUGGACCAAGUGGUGUUAAUUUAGCCAGAAAUUAUAGACAAGUAGAACAAGGUUUAUCAAGAAGAGAUUUAUUGAAUUUAGAUGGUCAUUUAAUUGGUACCCAAAGACAUUCAUCAAAUUCUUCUUAUAUUACUGAUUCAGCUGCUGCUGGUACUGCUUUAGCUACUGGUAAAAAAACUGUCAAUGGUUACAUUUCCGUUGAUCCUGAACAAAACCCAGUUGGUGCCAUUGGUGAAGCUUUGAAAUUACAAGGUUAUGCUGUUGGCUUAGUUGUUACUACUUCUGUUGGUGAUGCUACUCCAUCUGUUUGGGCUGCCCAUGCAAGAACUAGAAGAGAUCAAGAUUUAAUUGUUGAACAAUUGGUUGGUGAAAUUCACCCAUUGGGUCACAUCCCAGAUUUAAUCUUGGGUGGUGGUAGAGACUGGUUCAUUGGUGUUAAUGAUGGUGGUAAAAGACCAGAUAACAGAUCUUUAAUUGAAGAAGUUCAAAAUAACGGUACUUGGACUUAUGUUGGUGACAGAGAAGGUUUUGAUAGUUAUGAUGAAGGUAGAAAUGCUACUUUACCAUUCUUGGGUUUAUUUGCUGAAGAUAAUUUCCCAUAUAGAAUUGACCGUGAUGAUGCUGAAUAUCCAAGUUUGGUUGAACAAACCCAAUUUGCUUUGAAUGCAUUAUCCAACUAUACAAAGGAUUCUGACCAAGGUUUCUUCUUGAUGGUUGAAAGUUCUAGAAUCGAUCAUGCCGGUCAUGAAAAUUGUGUUCAAUCCCAUGCUUUGGAAGCUCUUGAAUAUGAUGAAGUUUUUGGUUUGGUUAAGAAUUUUACUAGAGAAACCGAUGUUGACACUGUUGUUAUUGCUACUGCUGAUCACGAAACUGGUGGUUUGGUUCUUAACCUUCAAGGUCCAAGAGAUUUCGAUCCUGUUUUCAACGCUACCCACUCUGGUGAAUACUUAGCUAAUGAAAUUGCCAACUAUGAAGGUGAUGAUUUGCUUGGUUUUAUUAGAACUACUGUUAUUGAAGAAGGAUUAGGUUUGACCAACUAUACUGAAGAGGAAGUUCAAAGAUUAGCUGAUUAUGUUGAUAACAGUUCUGAAGGUAUUCUUUACACUACUGCUCUUGGUGUUGCUAUUGCUAAUUUGACUUCAUCUAGAGCCAGAGUUCACUGGGGUUCUUUACAACAUACAUCUGUUGAUGUUGAUUUGUAUGGAUUCUCCAAUGCUGAUUAUUUGACUCAAAAACUUUUGAAUGUCAGAACUGGUUUGGCAGGUGUUCACGAAAACACCGACUUUAGUGUCUUUAUCAAAUCCAUCACUGAUAUUGAUUUAGAUGAAGUCACUGAAUUGAUUGCUGAUGUUCCAACCAGAUACUAA